UGCCCUUCUUUUUGUUCAUUUUCUUUAGAGAAGCCUGACUAAUACAUCUGCUACAUGCUGGACAUUCUGUCCCAAUGUUGAGACCAUAACAGGCUAGCACAACAAGGGCGGUCACAGAGGAUGCUAUUCAGGGCUUAGUGUGCCUCACGGGGCUGGAGGGUAAGAGGUGCAGGUAAAGGGUAGGCAGGGGCCAGAUCAAGAGGGGCCUUGUGGGCAGUGGGAAGGAGUCUGGGUUUCAUUCUGUAGACUAUACUUUCUGCACUUCCUGCCACUUUUCAUGAUUUUGCCAUGCCCUCAUUUCAAGUGGAUUGUUUGAUACACUGAAAAAAUAAAUUUUAUACCCAUUUAAAAAAACGCUUAAAAACUGUGAAAACAUGGGUACUUCAUGUUUUCAUUGCACAUGAAUAUAAACAUAAAAUUAUUAAUCAUAAGAUGUUGGUCCAUUUAAUUCUUUUUGUAGAGACAGAGUCUCACUGUACUGCCCUCGGGUAGAGUGCCGUGGCGUCACACGGCUCACAGCAACCUCCAACUCUUGGGCUUACGCGAUUCUCUUGCCUCAGCCUCCCGAGCAGCUGGGACUACAGGUGGUCCAUUUAAUUCUUAAAAUUAUUUUAGGUAUUUGUCCCACAUUUUGGGAAAAGUUGCCAUGAAUGACGAGGGGUAGGAGUGGAUAGCAGGGGCCUUCGGAAGGGACAGGUGUUUUGGAAAGAUUCAGGCUGUUGAGUGGAGAAUAGAUUGUAGGGAAGUGGUUUAGAAAACAGGGAGACUGUUGCAGUUGUCCCAGUGACAGGUCUGAAUCGGGGUGUGCAGUGGAGUGGGGUGUGUGUGUGUGUGUGUGCAAAUCUGAGAGGCCAUACAGAAGUAGAAUUUGAUGGGAUUUAAAACCAAAGGCAUGGGGCUUGAGGGAGAAGGAGGAGUCUGGAUUGCCUGGGAAGAGGGAGGUGCCAUCACAGAGGCAGGGGGCUGGCGGGCAGGCUAAGCAAAGCAAGCAUUGCUAGGGCUAAAGGGUUUGACUCCAGCCUUACCAAGGAUGCUGUGAGGGUCAUUGCCCCUUAAAUAAUGGCAAACCCACGCUUUAAAUUAAAUUAAAGCACUUUUAGGUUUAGUUCCACUAAGUGGACCCACACAUGUAUUCUCUACUAGUUAUUACUGAGAAUGACUAAGUAUUAUAAUUGAGCUGAAAAUAAUCUGCCGCCCAUACUUGCUGGGUUGGUUACUAAGUAUUGCUUGGGGUUUUUAAGCAAGGAAACAAAGUUGUGCUCCUUCCAAAUGUUAAUUUUGAGGACUCCAGAUGGUGACCAUCUGUUCCACGACUAGCAUUUUACAAUAUUUGAUUACUACUUUAUAUAGUUUGGGAAAACCUGCCAAGGGAGUCUGCCCAUCAGGUUGGGGGCUUUGGUGGUAUGUUCUCCGUGGUUGCCCUUGAAGUCUUGGCCACCAUUCUGUGGUGUUCCCACUGUCUGUGAACGAGUGGCUAGUCAGACUGGCAAAGUGGUGAUUCAUAGCAGGAGGAACGUGAGGAGCCCUGUCCUUUUCAAACUCUUCCUUAAGAGCUGGAACCGUCAGAAGCUCCUCAGGGAAGAUUUGAAACUGCCUUCAGGUAGGUGGUUUUAGGGCUCAGGUGAAUCCUUUGGGCUUGGUUUCUCUCAGGGUCUCAGCUCUGCCGUCUGCUCUGUGGCUGUGGCCCCAGGCUGCAAGAGGAGGCAAAAGGGCUUCACUGCGACAGAUCCUCUCAGCCUCAAGUUUAGUGCGAAGGAGCUGGAGUCCUUUUGGCCAGUUCUGUGGCGGUGUUGAGAUUUACUCUGAUCAGCCCAGCUUUUGUCAUGUGUCCAUCUCUGCAGCAAUCCCUGUACCCGUGUGAAUGCUGGGCUCUGAUUGGUCAGGUCGGGGGUGGAGUCCCACUCAGCCCUUGGGGGCUGAGGGCUUGGAAGGUGUUUACCCCAAAUCGCACGUUAGGGCUGUUACCAGAGAGGAGACUAGAUGAGGAGGCGGACAACCACCUCUCCACACCAGUGUCAGAUUAGAGCCCGGAGAACCAGGAGGAAUUGGCUAGCUUAGCUGUGGAGACACAUUUAUUGUUGCCAGGAAGAUAAUGUGUCGGAAAUAGAAUGAAGAAGCCUCUGAAACCACUUACUUCAUACGUUUCCUUUCUUAGUUUAAGGGCACCCAAUAGAUUUGGUGUUCUGGUUCUUUCUUUUAUUGCGGGGGGUGAGGUGGGGUGGGGGGCAGAGGAGUUGUCUUUCUUUUAUGUUCCUUAAAAUUAAGGCCAGUCACUAAAUCUCUUUUAGCUCCUUCUUCUGGAACAUAGGGCUUCUUAGAGGGGAAGUCUGUAGAGGAGGUAAUAGAUUAAUGCAGUUCCGUGAGCAGGCAGGGAGUGGGGCCCACUGCGGGACGUGCUCAGCCAAGGAGAGCAUGUGAGACCAAGCUCAGCAGAUGAGACCCUGGUGGUGUGGGGGGAGUCGUUGUUGCGCCACAAAUCAGGCACUGCAGCCCCACAGAGUGAUUCCCUUUGUCCCCAGGGAGGGACAAUCAGGAUGGGGCUCCUGGAGGAAAUCCAUUGAGCUGGACUUGGAUGGAUGAAUGAGCUUCCCCACAUAAGAGGUGGGGAAGGGAGCUCCACGAGGUUAGGGAGCCGCAUGUGCACAGGCACCAGAGGUGACAUACUUGAUGGUUUGGGGGAUCUGGGAGAAGUUGGUAUGGAUGUGUCCAGGACAUUGGUUAUAGAGCUCAUUCAGUGUCAGUCAGUAUGGAGGAGGCGAGCGACAGGCUGGGGCAGGGACACCAGGCAGGCUCCAGACAGGAGUUUUAGGUGGGGCUGGUAGGGCAGUGAGCACACAUUAGGGCACUUAAUGAAAGCUAAGCAAGUCCAUGUGUUCUAGAAUCAAUAUCGAAAACAAUCUAUAUUGUCAUAGUUUCCUUAAAAAGAAGAAAAAGAGAUCAGGCUAGAGGUGUGAGUUCUUUGGAGAGAGCCUUGAUACAGAGUUAAGAAUACAGGCGUUGCAGACCAGGAGAGCAUGCUGUAUAAUUCCACUUACACAAAACUCUAGAAAAUGCAAACGCAUAUAUAGUGACAGAAAGCAGAGCAGUUGCUUGGGGACGGGCAAGUGGGGAGGGCAGGAGGGCGAGAUUACAAAGAGGUGUGCGGUAACCUGGGGGUGCUGGAUACAUUCAGUCCCUUGAUUAUGGUGAUGGUUUCUGAGGUGUGUACAUACCCUAGAACCUCUCAGUUGUACACUUUAAAUAUGUACAUUUGGUUGUGUGUCAGCUAUACCUCAAUAAAGUCUGGAGCCAGACUUCCCGUGUUCAAAUCCCAGCUCUGCCUAACAGCUGUGUGACCCUAGGCACAUUCCCAGACCUCUUUGUGCAUACUUCCCUCAUGUAUGCACUCAUCACAUAGAAUGUGAUAGGACAAACAGGUGCUCAUUGUUAUUCUUACUAAUAACACACAGCAAAGCGAAAUCAUGUUCCAGGCUCUGGGUGCACCGUAGCAACUGUGUGCAGCUGGUUCUUUAUGCAGAGGCCCCUGGAAUGGUGCUACUGGAGCCUCAAUGUGCAUGCAGAUAUCAGGGACACCCUGUUAAUAUGCAGGUUUGGUCUAGUAGGUCUGGGGUGGGACCUGAGACUGCAUUCCCAUGAGCUUCUAGGAUGCCAGUUUUGCUGGUCCUGGACCAUACUUUGAGUAGUAAGGCGCAGACCCAAGGGAGUCUGUUCUUCUCCCUUCUGUUGCCUGGUGCCCUCAUCAGGAUGUGCCUGGCUGACAUCAGUCAGAGCUGCUUUCUCAGGAUUGCCCUUCUGGGCCUUCUAGCCCUGCCUUAUCUCUUCUGCUCCGCCUACCCGUCAGGGAUGCCUCCUCCUUCACCAUCCCAAGUUGGGCUCCAGAAAGAUGACACCAGGGAGGAGGCUGGGCGUCUCCUUCCACCCUUGCCUUUGGUCUUUGUGGGCCUGCCCUGGGCAGCGAGUGCAGGCUCCUUGGGUGGGGCUUGAGGCCAACCCGGCCUCUGCUCUGUGUCCAGCCUGCUUCACGGGACUGGGGCCUGAGGGCGGGGCUGAGUGUAGAACUUGGCUUGAUGCCUUAGGAGUGAUACUCUGUGUUUUCCAGGGACAGAGGGUCUUGCGAAUGGCCCCACUGCCGGGGGCAGAGCUGGUCCAGAGGCCGCUGCAGCUCUACCGAUACUUGCUGCGCUGCUGCCGGCAGCUGCCAGCCAAGGGCAUCCAGGAGCAUUACAGACAUGCUGUCAGGCAGAGUUUCCGGGUUCAUUCAGAUGAAGACAACCCUGAGAGAAUCCAGCAGAUUAUUAAGAGAGCCAUUGAAGAUGCUGACUGGAUCAUGAACAAAUAUAAAAAACAAAACUGAGACUCUGAGGCCCAGCGAGUGAAGCCGUCCUGAACACGUGUGAAGCUGAGAGACCUCUCUUCUUUUGGAACUCGGCAGCAGCAGCAGCUGUUUUGAAAUAAUCAUCGGCCUCAUCAGCUGAAAGAGCGAAACAUCAGGAGAGGGAGAAGCUGACUUGGCUCAGACGAUUCUUCUCGCCGCAGCCAUGUUUCCAGCAUCCUUUAUGUUUGCUCUUCCAGCCAGUAAUGAUGUGAAAUUAGGAGAGAAUAUGGUGUUUUUUUGUUUUUUUAGUGUGUUUUUUGUUUUUGUUUUUUUGUUUUUUUACUUUGCUCUGAAAGUGAUUCAUUUAUUCUGGAGAUCUCUUUACCACUCUUUGAAUCCCAAUGUAGACAUUCCCUCAGGUGGCAGCCUGUACCGAAGAAAGAGGGUGGGUCUUAGAACCAGACAGAUCUGGAUUUAAACCCCCCUCAGUGGCUUUUCACAGGUAUUGCCUUGGAGCUCAGCUUCCUCUUUUGUGAGGAUCAGAUGAGAUGGAGUUGAAGUGCCUAACACAGGGUACGGUACAGGAUAGCAGCAGUCAAUGUCCCCUCUGGAGGAACCACUCCUGCUGCACCUCCUCUGCCCCAGCACACACCAUGUCGGGUCGUAGUCAUCUCUUUGUAGCUUACUCUGUCCGGCUUGUGGCCCCUGAGCCCUCAUUGCUGUACAGUGCCUCGCCGUCUGCCAAAGAUCUGUUCCUCCUGGCUCCCACGUCUCCAUGCCCCGUCAGUACUUGCCUUCAAGCAACUUGUAGUGUUCUUGAGUUUGUAGUGUCUUUGAGGUGGUGAAAUGUGCACUACGUGGACAAGGAAGAGGGCCAAAGCAGUGGCAAUAGACACUGGUGGGUUCAGUGUCUGUGGACCCGUGACCGGCCCUUCCCUGUGUUGCCACCAUGACUAAAGAACAGAAGGGAGGGAAGGAGAGUGGGCUCCGGGAGAACUGGCCUGAGUGGAUAGGGCAGCCUGAGAUACCAAGAGAAGGCACACAGGGGCGCUCAGCCGGAGGGAUAAGCUAGCAUGUGUUUGUGUCCUUGCAAUUUUGUGACUUCAGUGACUCAGACACCUCUGUAUGUACACGUGUACACAGCUGACAAUGAAGUAAACAUAUUGGUUUGUGAACCUCGUGUCUCUUUUCAACCCACAUGCCGUUCAUUCCUAAUCACGUCUUCUCGGUACUGUGCUGUCGUACUCGCUGUUGGGAUGCAGGAGAAUCAGAUACAAAGCUGCCCAGGAGGGAUUGUUCUUCAGAGAUGACCAGGCACAACUCCCUCCGUUCAGCAACAGCUGAGAAGGUCAGAUUUGCCCCGCCAGGGUGAGGGCAAGCCGAGGGGUUUCAGGCCAGGCCAAAACUGAGCCAGUUCUCCAUCCCUACCCCCACCGCCCCUGGAGCCAGGGCAGCCCAGCCUCAGGUGGUAGGUGUGUCGUGAUCCCGGAGUGGGGUUGGUUGUAUGCCAGGCCUGUCAGGAAAGAGAGGAGUAAUGAGUAAAGGCAGGUUGGGGUUUGGGGAGGAGUUGGUGUCCUUGGUUCUUGACUGGUCCCCAGGGGUGAUUCCAUGAUCUUUAGUUGAUUGAUAGGUGCUUGAUCAGUUGUGCCGACUCACUAGGUGUCAAGACAGUGGGUGCCCAGCCCUGGAGUGAGGUGAGCUUGUGUGGGAACCACCCAGGGGUGGGGCUGGCUGCUUCCCACCGGCCCUUGUGAAGCCACGUUGGGGUCCCAAGACAGGGGAGGCAGGAUUCACACAACAGGGACAGAGAGGUGACAGGGGCACUGCUUGAAGCCUGAGAGAGCCCCUCCUGUCCUCAGCAGCUGUCCUGUGCUCUCCCCUCCGACUUCCAGCCCUGGAGCCCUGCAAGGAUUGGUAGGCCACAGCUCUUAAAUGCACAGUUGAAAGUUUAUAGAGUAGCCUCCCAAAAUUUGAAGGAAAUGAAAGCUGCUUGACCCAAGAGUCAGGCAGUGUGGUAUGAUGGAAGGUGCUCUAGAGCCAGACCUCAAUUUAAAUUCCAGCCUCGUUGCUUAGUGUGAUUUGGGGUGGCUUCAUUAACCUGUCAACCUCAUUUUCUUCACCAGAAUAGGUUGUACAUCCUUCGGCUGAUGAGAUUAAGGCAGUGCACACAGGUGGGCUGUCAGCCAUGCCACCGCCUCCCCUUGUCUUUGGAUUCCCUAGUCAUGCCCUUCUCUUUAGGGAGGUCCCGUUGUCUCUGUGGAGUCCGCUGUACAAGCACAGUGUCAGCUGGGAAGGAUCUGCUGUCUACACCUUUGCUGGUGACCUGUUUGCACUCAUGUUGCCUUUCUGGGGUUCAUUUAGUUUAUAAAAGCAAGAAAGACGCAUCUGUCGCUAGAACACUCGUGCCUCCUUUGAGAGACACCGCCACACUGGAGGCUGAUUCCUUGGGCAGUGUGGGUCUUUAGUCCUGCCACCAGCAUGUGCUCCCUGGGACAGAGCCUGCCCUGCCUGUUAUUUCCUGCCUUAGCACCCACCCUCAUUUUUACUGAGCCCUUGCUGUCUGCAUGGUCCUUCCUCUAAGGCAGUGGUUCUCAAUCUUCCUAAUGCUGCAACCCUUUAAUACAGUUCCUGUGGGUUGCGACCCACAGGUUGAGAACCGCUGCUCUAAGGACUGUGAGGCAGAAGCUCACAGUCUAGGGAAAGGUAGAUAGAUGCGGAUUGCUGGAAGGCUGAGCUAUCGUGACUUAUAGGAUGUUAUCCUAAAAUAGAUUUAUCUUUUUCUCCCAGUACUCCUUUACAUUUUUUCUGAAGGUUUUCCUUCUCCCCGUCCCAAGAUGAAAACUGGGACAAGCCUCAAAAUUUUCUGCUAAUCUUAGGUUUAAAAACCCCAAAGCUGUGGUUUAAUUUUAAGUCACAAAACAGACUCAAUUCAUUUAACUGAAAUGUCCCAUCCAGGUGAAAUAAAAUUUCAGAAGUUGAAUUAAGGUUCGGGCAUCUCCUGUCUUUCAGCUGGGAUCUUUGCUAACUUGGGGAGGAGCAUUCCAGGCAGAGGAGCAGUUUGAGCAAAGGCACAAAAAAAGCAUCUGUUCCGGGACGCCCACGCUGUUCGGUGUGGUUGAGACACUGUGGUGUGUGGAGGAGGUGAGGCAGCAAUGGGCCAUGAGAACCCAAUCCUGCAGUGCCUUGCAGGUCUUGCUAAGGAGUUUGGAACUUCUCUGGAGAGGUGACUUUGUAGUCGUUGCUCUAUGUAAUUUUCUCCCCAAUCUGAGAGGGAACCCCUGGAGGUCAGGAACCAUGCAUUGGUCUUUGUAGACUCCUCUGGGCCAGGCUCAGCGCCUGUGGCUCAAGCGGCUAAGGCGCCAGCCACAUACACCUGAGCUGGCGGGUUUGAAUCCAGCCCGGGUCUGCCAAACAACAAUGACGGCUGCAACCAAAAAUUAGCCGGGCAUUGUGGCGGGCGCCUGUAAUCCUAAUUACUUGGGAGGCGGAGGCAGGAGAAUCGCUUGAGCCCAGGAGUUGGAGGUUGCUGUGAGCUGUGAUGCCAUGGCGCUCUACCCAGGGUGACAGCUUGAGGUUCUGUCUCAAACAAACAAAAAAAAGAAUCCUCUGGGCCAGUUGUGUACCUGCUGCCCAGGCAGUGAGCCGGAAAUGUUGACUGAAUGAAAGAAUGAGAAUACCAGGCAAUCUAUGGUGUUUCUCUCUCUCUUUUUUUUUUUUUGUGUGUG